AUGGCUUCCAACGUCGCACCAUGGGAUGACGUCAAGUACUUGACGGACGACGAGAUCAACUCUUUUCUCGACGACCUCGACCACAACAAUGACGGGUUAAUUGACUACAGCGAAGUCGAGCAGAAGCUGGAUAAGGUCCAUGAGGAGAUUGCUCCCAAGGCACUUCCACACCAUCUUCACCAUGACGGUCGAGAGGACUUGGACCGUCAUGCAUUCCUCCGCGCCAUUAUCAAGUCAGACAAAAACCGGAUCCCGCGCGCCGAGUUUGCCGAAACGGUCAAGAGCUGGAAUAUUCCUAGCAUGAAACAGGACCAGGCGAAUGACAGCGAGCAAAAGGACUACAUGCGCAAGAUGGGCAUCUGGAGACGAGUGAAGUCUUACUGGGCUGUUCACGGGCCAGAAAUCGCCUUUAUUGGGCUGGUAGUGGCUAUGCAGCUUGCUUUUGGGGUUUGGCAGUUUGUCAAGUACCUCACUGGAGAGUACUACACACGCGGUUUUGGUUGGGGCGUGGUGCUGGCCAAGACUUGCGCUGGUGCUCUUUAUCCGACCUUCUUCUUUCUGAUUCUCAGCAUGUCGCGGUAUUUCUCGACAUUUCUUCGACGGUCGUACUACAUCUCAAGGUUCAUCAAUUGGGAUUUGUCCCAGGAGUUCCACAUCAGGAUUUCGUGUGUGGCUCUUGUGCUCGCAAGUCUUCAUGCAAUUGGACACCUGGGAGGCUCUUUUGUUUGGGGCAGCAGGAAGGAAAACGAAGAUGCCGUGGCUAUCUUGCUGGGACCAGAUGCUGUGCCACGGCCGUAUAUUGACUACGUUAGGUCCUUGCCUGGGUUCACUGGUCUUACUGCUUUGGGCUUGUUUUAUCUUCUUUCACUGCUGAGUACUCCUCCAGUCAGAAAGUGGAACUAUGAAGUCUUCCAAAUGGGCCAUCUUCUGAUGUAUCCCAUUAUUGGGUUAUUGAUGGCCCACGGCACCGCAGGGCUACUUCAGUGGCCCAUGUUUGGGUACUGGCUUGCCUUCCCCACGCUCUUGGUUCUUACUGAAAGAAUUGUGCGGCUACUGGUUGGUUUUCACAAAAUCAGCGCUGCUCUUCAGGUUUUAGACAGCGAAACCGUCGCGAUCAGAGCCAAGAUUCCAAGUGAAAGAAUUUGGAAAUACAAUGCUGGACAGUAUGUCUUCUUGCAGGUCCCGGCCCUGAGCUUCUUUCAGUGGCAUCCUUUCACAGUAUCCACAUGUAUCGGUAAUGAAAUGCAGCUUCAUAUCAAAACCGACGGGAACUGGACACGCAGACUCCGUGACCUGGCUGGAAAAGAUGGCAUAGCACAGAUUCAGAUUGGCAUCAACGGCCCAUUUGGAGCACCAGCACAGCGCUUUUACGACUUCAGCCACACCAUUGUUGUUGGUGCCGGUAUUGGUGUCACCCCUUUCAGCGGUAUCCUUACGGACUUGCAAGAGAAAGACGACAAAGCUCACAAUGGCCCGGGUCUGGAUGCUCCAAUCACUGCAGGUGGAAGAUCAACAUCCCAUGGCUCCCACCUCAUCGGCCCUGGGGAGGAUGGCUUGCAGGAUUCGUCUGUCAGGGACAGGGAGAAGGUCUCUACUGGAGCCCCUAUAGAAGACGCCAACCACCGGGAGACGCUCACCAAGGGAGGCAACGAGACGGACAAUCACCCAUCAGACUAUCGCCGCGUUGACUUUCAUUGGAGUGUCAGAGACAAGAACAACCUCCUCUGGCUAUCCGAUCUCCUAAACCGGGUUUCUCGCUCUCAGCAAUGGCACGCUCAGCACCAUAAGGAGGAGCACGGCCCCCAUCUCGACAUUAGAAUCCACACCCACGUCACUCAGAAAAGGAACAACAUCGCCACGCAUGUAUACCGCUGGUUGCUGGAGAUGCAUCGUACUCCUGAGCACCCAGCCAGCCCGUUGACCGGACUGCUGAACGCAACACACUUCGGCAGACCAGACUUUAUCAGGAUUUUGGAUAGGCAUUAUGAGGAGAUGAAGGGGUACAAGGCUGAACUCGUAAGGAAAGACAAGGAAAAGUGGGAGGAUGAGGAGUUCAAGGUCGGGGUUUUCUUUUGUGGGACACCGAUUGUUGGGGAGAUCUUGGCUGAUAGGUGUCGCCUGUUGAGUGCGAGGGGAAGGGCGGAUGGGAGUAAGAUCGAAUAUCAUUUUAUGAUGGAGGUGUUUAACUAA